CCGCAGCGUCAGCGAGAUCAGGGCAGGCGGGUGCAGGCAUGGAGGGUGACAGGCAGCGGCCGGUCCCCGCUGGCUCCCCGGGCUGGCCCCAAGGCGAGCGUCUGCAGCUCUUGCUGCGCCGGAGCCGGGAAGCCAAAAGCUGCGCGUAUUGCCCUUACAGCCGCUUCCCGGUGGGCGCAGCUCUGCUCACUGCCAGCGGGGAGAUCUUCUCUGGGUGCAACGUGGAGAACGCCUGCUACACCCUGGGGGUGUGUGCUGAGCGCACUGCCAUCCAGAAAGCCAUCUCUGAGGGGCACACCAGCUUCAAGGCCAUGGCCAUCACCAGUGACAUGGGAGACCACUUCAUCGUGCCCUGUGGCGGCUGCAGACAAGUGAUGAGAGAGUUUGGCACGGACUGGGACAUCUACCUGACCAAAGCAGAUGGCACCUACAUUGUCAAGAGGCUGGAGGAGCUACUGCCACUGUCCUUUGGCCCUGAGGACCUGAAGAAGGUGUGAGCAGCCCUUCAGCAGCAGAGGAGGAUGGUUUUUUCCCCCAAUUUCCCCAAUGUGUAAGAAGCUUUUUGGGGACUCUGCAAUGGGAAAUGCAUUUAUAGCAUGAAGUUACCCCGUUCCUCUCACUCAUCUUGUGAUUCAGUGCUGAUUCACAGGUGCUGGCCUCACCUCACCCCAGGGAAAUGGCAAAAUCAAAUGGUAGAAUUUCCUUGUUAUUAGAAAAAGAAAGUGUCCAGAUAUUGCUGUAGUCAAGGGGGAAGCUCCCAGGCAGAGAAGGGUUUGAUGCAUGGCUCAGACUCAGGCUUGUUGGUACAGAAGCUGCUCCUGAAUAAUGCUGAAUCUUAGCUGGGGAAAACACUUGAUUCUUUUCAGCUUGAAAGAAGUGAAAGCAAAAAGGAAAGGCUCCAUCAGCCCUAACAGUUAUGAACAAGCCAAUUUGGAUUAAGUGACACUUACCACACUCAUCACAUCCUUUACUUGGUUCUCUCCAUCCUGUUUUUCUUGCUUUUAUGAUGUGUGUAGGGAUGAAGAGGGAGAGCAGUUUCUGGGGGCUUCUGGAGACUUUUGUGUCUCCAGGGUGAAGCUGUUUGCUGACUGUGCUGUUAAUUUGACACACAAUGAAAAUCAAAGGCAUUGCCUUUCCACACCAGCUCUGGGUUGGGCAUUACUGCCUAUGGCCAAGCAAAUUAACAAUAAACCCCCUCCUAGUCCUG